AUGUACUGCUAUCGGCUUGAGAUUUAUCCUAGAGGUGAUGAUCAAUUCGAUGAUAGAUUUCAUCCGGUAUCACGUACUGGACUGAUUCGUGAUCAAAAAUUAGUUAUGAAAGUUGCUCGAUUAAUUCCAUGUCCUCAAGCUGAUCUAUUAAAUAUAACACUUCGUCUUUUACUUAAUUUAUCAUUUGAUCGUGAUAUUCGUGCACAAAUUGUUCGCAUUGGUUUACUAUCAAAAUUAGUCGAUUUAAUUGAUGAUGAAAAUCAACGUUUGAUUUGUUUAUGUUUAUUAUAUCAUUUAAGUAUGGAUGAUCGAACAAAAGGUUAUUUUACAUAUACAAAAUGCAAUCAACAAUUAAUGAAAAUGAUUAUUGAUUGUAAAGAAGAACAUCUUGAACCAGAAGUUAUUGCAUUAGCAAUAAAUUUAGCAUUGAAUCCUGGUUGUGCUGAACAAUUAUGUGAAUAUAAACAUGGAAAAGGUCUUAAAUUACUCAUGAAAAGAGCUUAUAAAUAUAAAGAUUCAUUAAUUAUGAAAAUGAUAAGAAAUAUUUCCUCACAUACUUCACCUGAUAUUAAAAAUCAAUUUAUUUCAUAUGUUGGUCCAUUAGGUGAAACAUUAGUUACAGAAAAAGAUGAAGCAUUUCUUACGGAAGUUGUUGGCACAUUAGCUAAUUUAACAAUACCUGAUAUUGAUUAUCAAGCUUUAAUGGAUGAAUAUGGUCUUGUUGAAUGGAUUAAAUCAAAAUUAAAACCAAAUUCAGCUGAUGUUGAAUUAACAUUAAAUGUUGUUGUACUUGUUGGUACACUUUGUGCUGAUGAUGCAUGUGCUGAAGUACUUGCGAAAAGUGAUAUUAUUCAAAUUCUUAUUGAACUUUUACAUGAGGCACCGGCUUAUUUAAUUGAUCUUAUGCAAGAUAAAAAUAAGGAAGUACGACGUGUUUGUGAUAUGACACUUGAAAUAAUAAGUGAAUGUGAUCCAGAUUGGGCAAGUCGUAUUAAACUUGCUCGUUUUCGUAAUCAUAAUCAAACAUGGCUUGAAACAAUUGAAGGACAACAAAUUUCAUAUGAAGAUGAUGAACCAACACCAAUAAGUAAUACAGGACCUUAUGGUUUUGAUUCAAUGGCAUUUGGAGAUCAAGAUGAUUAUCUAGAUCAAUUUGGUUAUAAUGAUGGAGAUGAAUUUCCAUUAGAUGGUCGAGAAUCACCAGAUAUGAAUCAUUGGAAUUCAAUAAAUAGUGGUGGUGAUAUGGAUAUUGAUAGUAAACCUUUUCACAAACCUGAAUCGACUAAUACUAAUAAUCGAAAUACUAAUCGUUCAGGAACUAAUAAUACAACCACACAAAGACGUGGUCUUUAUGAAUAA